AUGGAGAAAAUAGAAAGUGCGAUCGAAAAAGCGAUAAAAUUUCGUAAAUACAAUUCGCUAAUUACCGAAACAUUCGAUAUAGCUCGAGCUCAAGCAAAAAACGCUCAAGCUAAUGGAUUCCAACCAUUUCCAAUUGUUGUUAAAGAUUGCUAUGCUACGAAAGGUAUUCGUACAACUUGUGCAUCGAAAAUGUUAGCCAACUAUAUUGCACCUUAUACUGCGACUGUUAUUCAAAGGCUUCUUGAUCAAGGUGGUUGUAUUAUCGGAAAAGCCAAUAUGGAUGAAUUUUGUAUGGGUACUUCAAGUUCACAAAGUUUUUUCGGACCUGUAAAGAAUGGCUUAAGUGAUGAAGCAUCGCUGGAUGAAGAUUGGUUAAUUCCAGGUGGAUCAUCUGGUGGUUCCGCAGUUGCAGUUCAACUCGGAUUCGCUCAAGUUGGAAUUGGAUCAGAUACUGGUGGUUCAACUCGUAAUCCGGCUGCAUUUACUGGUAUAUUCGGCUUGAAACCCUCUUAUGGAAUUUUAUCUCGACACGGCUUAAUCCCAUUGGUUAAUUCGCUUGAUUGUCCAGCUAUUCUUGCUAAUAAUGCGGUUGAUUGCAACAGAUUCUUAAAAAUUAUGUGUGGUAUUGAUGUGAAUGAUUCAACUUCCAUUAAAGCACCAUCAAGUUGUUUUAUGCGAAAUGAUGGUUUAGAUGGUUCCAUUUCUGGAUUAACUAUUGGCAUUCCUCGAGAAUAUUUUCCUGAGAACCUAUCUCAUGAAGCUUGGCUUGCAUGGAAUGAAGCAGCAAAGUUUUUAGCGUCGUUAAAUUGCAAGCUAAAAGAAGUUAGUAUGCCAUAUACAGAAUAUUCAAUUAUUUGUUACCAUGUAAUAGCUGAAGCAGAUAUCGCAUCUAAUAUGGCCAGAUAUGAUGGAGUAAAAUAUGGUCAUCGUUCGAAGGAUUCAAAUUCUACUCAUUCUCUUUAUUCCAAAUCCCGAAGCGAUUCGUUAAAUGAAGUCGUGAGAAGAAGGAUAUUUGCUGGGAAUUAUUUUCUCAUGAAAAAGCAUUACGAUGAAUACUUUAAUCAAGCACUAAGAGUAAGGCGCUUGAUAAAAUCAGAUUUUGAUCGAGUUUUUUGUGAUGGAUGUGAUGCCUUAUUAACACCCGUGACAUGUGGUGCACCUACGCGUUUUAAAGAAAUUAAUCAUUUUGGAAGUUUUCAACAAGAACGUAUCGAGGAUUUUUUUACACAACCUGCUAAUAUGGCUGGUGUGCCAGCGAUAGCAAUACCAUUUGCUAAAACUAAAGACGAUCUACCUCUUAGUGUACAAAUUAUGGCCAAUUUUUUAAAUGAUGGUAUUGUUUUAGAUAUCGCUCAACAGUUUGAUAAAUAUAGACAAAAAGAAGGUAUUCUUGAUAUAAACAAAUUGUAG